UACGCGAGGUUCACACGCCCGUUUUGCAUGAUGACGAUGUGUUUCUUAAGAUGUGUAAUUGCGGAAACAACAUUUGACCUUAUUUUCGUCAGAAUAGAGUCCAUUGAAAACUGGCAAAAAAUUGUUAACUUUUCCACUGGAAGUGCGUCGUGGUUUUCCGAAGACAGGAUUCACUGACAUCCAGUACUUGACUUGAUCCCCUUCCCUUCCAAGCUGUAGCAGCACCCCCAGGUUACAGCCAAACAACAAUCCACCCUAGCCCUUCGACAGAAUGACAAUCUUGUACAGCUGUAUAGCUAGGGGGGUUACCCUCCUGGUGGAAAACUCGGCCAGCUAUGAACACAACUUCUCCAGCGUGUGUCGGUCCAUGCUGCAGAACAUCCCGUAUAAAGACUCCAAAGUGGUCUACACGUCAGAUCAGUAUAUGUUCCCUGUGAUAGUGCGUAACGGCAUCACCUACCUCUGCGCGACCAGUCAAGAUUUCAGCAAGAAGAAGUCGUAUGCGUUCUUGGACGAGAUUAUCCGACGUGUCACGACCUCCAGCCUGGACCAGCGCGUCCAGCACGCCGGCGAACAUGAAUUGGACAGGGACCUCAGUAUUGUACUCAGCCAGGAAAUGGACCACUACUCCCACUUGAAGGAGUCGGCCAGCAACAUUGAUAACCUUCAGAGUCAAGUGGACGAGGUCAAAGGCAUUAUGAUCCAGAACAUUGACAAGGUUCUGAGCAGAGGGGAGAAACUGGAUGACCUCAUGCAGAAAACCGAGGAUCUGGAAGCAAGCGCCCAGUCUUUCCAGAAGACGGCCAAGCGAGUCAGCAACAAGUACAAGUGGAUGAACCGCAAGACGGGUAUCAUCCUGGCUGUAGUCAUCAUCAUCGUCGUGGCAGUGCUGAUUGUCAUCAUCCUGAAGAUCGCCGGCGUCUUCUGAUCGCCAUAUCCCAAUGUCACUGCUCCACAUUUGUGCUUGCCGCAACGGCUCGAUCAAUCCUGUUCAAACUUGGAUCCUUUCUGAAGGGCAUUAAAAGGUAACAACCAGUCUCCCAUACCACAUUUUUCUCCCCUGAAUACAAACAUAAGCAAGAAUUCUGAAAUUUAAGGACUUUAAAUAAAAAGUAACAACCAGCCUCCCAUAACACACCUUUCUCCCCUGAAUACAAACAUAAGCAAGAAUUCUGAAAUUUAAGGACUUUAAAUUUGUAUGAUCGAUUACGCGCAGAAUUUGAAAAUCUGAGAAUUUGAAUUUUGUAUAGACCAAUUUGGGCACGCUAUCAAUUCUAUCACGAAGGCCCCCUUCAAUGGCCAGAGCAUUGUGCUAGCUAUUGUUCAGAUAAUCCAUCACUGGGCAGUUGCUUUGAACAAUAGCAUGCACAAUGGUUUCUCCAUUGAAGGGGGCCUCAUGAGUGUACAGUGAUCACGUGCCCGGAUUCGUUUGUAAAAAACUUUCAUAUUUAUCUGAAUUCAUGACAUUUCUUGUAAUAUCAGAUUUUUUUCAUAAAAUCCUAUUUUCCCUGUACAGGGUGACCCCAAAAAAAUGCAAC